AUGUCCCAUUUCGAUGUCAACUCUAAGUUGAGUGAGUCUAUUACGCAUCUGAUCGUAGUAUGUGGCCACGCCAUAUGGCUUGGCGGGCCAACGAGUGGGCAAGACGAGUCUGAGUGGGCGAUCGAGUCAUUCCAAAGUGGCGAAACACCAACUUUUAUGGGGCAUAUCAAAGCUGGGCUGAAAGCGUUGAAGGAGGAGUCGAGCUCGCUGCUGGUGUUCUCUGGUUUCCGAGCCCAGGACCUCGCAUACCGCCUCUCGCCCCAACAUCACGAGCGCAUAUCGGCAGAAAUCCACGCAACAGACUCCUACCAGAACCUUCUCUUCUCCAUCCUCCACUUCCACACCCUCACUUCCAAUUACCCCACCCAGAUAACGCUCAUAUCUCACGCCUUCAAACGCGCUCGCUUUCUCGAGUUGCACUGUCGUGCUAUACGCUGGCCCCUGUCCAGAUUCACAUAUACCGGCAUCGAUCCGCCGGAAGAUGUGACGCCAAGAUGUGUGCUGGAGCAGGGAGAGAGGGAGAGAGGUUAUGGAGUUUGGGAACGUGAUCUGUAUGGAGUGGGUAGCGUGCUUGGGGCGAAGAGGGAGAGGAGAGGGUGGGAGCAUAGUGCAUUCGAGGCGGUGGGAAAAGGAAAGGAGGAGAGUGUAGACGGGCUGUUGGAGUGGAAGGGUGGUGCAGAUGGGGAAGAGGUCUAUGAGGGAAGACUGCCAUGGGACAGAGAGGUCCUGUGA